GGAGACAAGAGGCCCCAAUACUGCAGUGUAAUUGUGUCUGACACACCACUUCCCAAACCUGUCCUGCAGUAAGACAUGGUUGAUGCCCUGGGUAUUGUGCUGGGCAGCAGUCUGACAGUAAUGCUAGGAGCCACUGCUCUCUAUGUCCUUGUUCGCUGGUAUCAGAGUGGUCGUUGCUGCUAUGAAACCAACUUUGUGCUUAAUUUAUACAAUAUCAGGCAGCUCAGAUCAAUGGAUCUAGAACUUGCUCCACCUUACACAGUUAGUGGUUCCAUGAAAUCUCCAGGACCCCUGUCGGGCUACCAUUACUCACAUUUCCAGGACAGUGAAGUGUGAUUUUUUUUUCACUGAUGGGCUUCAGUGUGUUAUGAUAAUGGACAAUAAAGAGACUGACAGCUGCGUGAGCCUUUCCUGAUAAUUUGAAGACAGGAGAUUGUCCGAUGUUAGAUAAAAACUCAGAACUAUCUAAGACCAUUCUGAUAAAUCUAUAAUUAAAAGGACAGUCUACAAUAUAAUUUUUAUUAUUUUAAAAGAUAGAUACAAUACCCCAGAUACAAUUUCCCAGUUUUGCAUAACCAACACAGUUAUAUUAAUAUAUUUUUUUACCUCUGUGAUUACCUUGUAUCUAAGCAUCUUCUGACAGCCCUCUGAUCACAUGACCUUCUAUUAAUUAUCUGUUGACUUGCAUUUUAGCGGUGUUGUGCAGAACCCACGGGCGUGAGCACAAUGUUAUCUAUAUGGUUCACAUGAACUAUCAGUCUCCUGUUGUGAAAAGCAAAUUAAAAAAAAACAUGUGAAAAGAGGCUGUCUGUAGUGGCUUAGAAACAAGCAGAAAUUUAGAGGUUUAAAUGUUAUAAAGUAUAUUAAUAAUUAAUGUUGGUUGUGCAAA